AAAAACAUUGAAAGGAAAAGGUUUUUCCCCAUCUUUUGUGCAAUUUCCCUCCAAAUCGAAAAGAAAGGGUUUAGGCCUUUUGCCAUUCGGGCGUUGGUACAAGGGUUUUGGUUUCCGAAUCCAGAGCAAAAGCAUUAUUAGCAUAAUAUAGCAACCCAACCUGUUUAUAAAUCUAGUUCUUAUAGCAAUUCCUUUUUCUCUCACACAAAAAUGGCUGCUUCUUCUUCUUCUUCGUCUGGUGGGAGCUCGAGCAGUGGCUACGACAUGCCAUGGGUAGAGAAAUACCGUCCCAACAGGGUCGCCGACAUCGUGGGCAACGAGGAUGCCGUGUCCAGGCUCCAAGUCAUCGCUCGCGACGGCAACAUGCCCAACCUCAUCUUAUCCGGUCCUCCUGGAACCGGUAAGACCACGAGUAUACUCGCACUAGCACAUGAGCUUCUGGGACCAAAUUAUAAGGAGGCUGUUUUGGAGCUCAAUGCAUCAGAUGACAGGGGAAUAGAUGUUGUAAGGAACAAGAUUAAGAUGUUUGCUCAAAAGAAAGUGACACUGCCCCCUGGGCGGCACAAGGUAGUAAUCUUGGAUGAAGCUGACAGCAUGACAUCUGGAGCACAGCAAGCUUUGAGAAGGACAAUGGAAAUAUAUUCAAACUCCACUCGUUUUGCUCUUGCAUGCAAUACUUCUUCUAAAAUUAUUGAGCCUAUUCAAAGUAGAUGUGCUAUUGUUCGAUUUUCAAGAUUAUCUGAUCAAGAGAUACUUGGUCGUCUCAUGGUGGUGGUUGAAGCUGAAAAGGUUCCCUAUGUUCCGGAAGGUCUUGAAGCCAUAAUUUUCACUGCUGAUGGUGACAUGAGGCAGGCAUUGAAUAACUUGCAGGCUACAUACAGUGGGUUCCGUUUUGUCAACCAAGAAAAUGUUUUCAAGGUUUGCGAUCAGCCUCAUCCGUUGCAUGUGAAGAACAUGGUGCGCAAUGUACUAGAAGGGAAAUUUGAUGAAUCUUGUUCUGGUCUCAAGCAGCUCUAUGAUUUGGGCUAUUCCCCCACCGACAUAAUCACAACCCUAUUCCGCAUCAUCAAAAACUAUGAUAUGGCUGAGUAUCUAAAAUUGGAAUUCAUGAAGGAAACUGGAUUUGCCCAUAUGAGAAUCUGUGAUGGAGUUGGUUCAUAUCUUCAGCUCUGUGGUCUUUUGGCUAAGCUUGCUCUGGUGCGAGAAACAGCUAAAGCUGCAUAAGUAGUAGUAGUUACAACUUUUUUUUUAGUAAGGUAGUACUUACAACUUGAACCUUCUUCAAUUUGGUCUUUUGAUGGUGAAAUUGUUACUGUAAACAUGAGAAUUGUGCUGUUGCUCAGAUGUGACUGUUUUCUUAAGGAGGUAACAAAAGUUUCAAAGGGAAGUUCAACUUGUA